AUGGGUGCAAGUUUGGUACAGUGUUUAUUGUAUCGUUUUGCCACGCGAAGCACGUCUGUCUUAAAUAGCGUACUAAGAGGCCAAAGCAAUCAUAGUUAUCUUUAUCGUGGACGGCAGCGUUCGUACAGAGAGUUAUGGACAAUCGCAGCGAAUUUAAUCCCCUCUGCAGUGAUGAGAUGUUACGCCCAGAAUAAUUCUAAACUAAUCACGAUUGAUUCAACGAUAGAGUAUUCGCCUAUCAAAAGUAUAUUUUCAAUUUUCGCGGCAGUUGAUCUACUUAUCUUACGUAGGCACAUCAUUUGCCUACAUAAAUCGUUCAUCGAUAAUGAUUGGGCUGUUUCUCUUAUAGUGCUUAGUACACUUUUACGAUCCAAGCACCCACAUUUUCCAGAAUUUUUUGAGCUGAUGUCCACAUCGUUGUCGAAAAACACUGUCAUACCACAAGCAUCAUCACGUUCCUGGAUAUCAUCUAUCUUCAGUUUCAUUUGGGACCAAGUGAGCCUGUUUCGUCUUCCCAAUAUGCCACGGAGCAGAAGACGUCAUCGUACUCGUAGUCAUUCGAGAGCUCGUUCACAUUCUGCAGGGUCUCUUCAAUAUGAACAUAAGAGACGCCGCAUUGACUAUGAAAGUCCACGCAGUAAAGGAACCUAUAGGUGA